UGUCACUAUCUCUGAUCUAUCUGUCAUUUUUGUUUUACAGCCAGUGCCAGGGUGGCAGGCAGCAUGAGGGCUGCUAGAACGGUGCUGGGGAGGCCCCCGACCUGCAUCCUGGGGAGUGUCUGAGAGCAGGUGAACGCUGACGGAGGAGGGGGGGAAGACAGACGGAAGGAAAGCGGGCGAGGGAAAAGCAGCGCUCCUUGGGAGUGGAUCCUGGCUGCAGAGGGCUACGCCAUGGCAACGAAUUUUAACGACAUCGUCAAACAGGGCUACGUGAAAAUGAAGAGCAGGAAAUUAGGGAUCUAUCGGCGGUGCUGGCUGGUGUUCAGGAAAUCCUCCAGUAAAGGGCCCCAGCGGCUAGAGAAGUACCCGGAUGAGAAGUCAGUGUGCCUGCGGUGGGAGCCGCCCGGAGGUGCUGCUCUUCCCUCGGAGUGGGUGCGGAACCCCCGCCCCGCCCGGUGUCGCCGGCCAGGCGAACAUUCAGGCCCUGUCUUGGAGCGCUGUGGUGCCAGCUGCGUGGCUCCCCCGCAGGACAAGGAGCUGCGGCUGCAGGAGCUGGAGGCGGAGGAGUGGUACAAGACUCUGUCCGUGGAGUGCCUUGGAGCGCGUCUCAACGAUAUCAGCCUGGGGGAGCCCGACCUCCUCGCUCCCGGGGUGCAGUGCGAGCAGACGGAUCGGUUCAACGUGUUCCUGCUGCCCUGCCCGAACCUGGAUGUGUACGGGGAGUGCAAGCUGCAGAUCACCCAUGAGAACAUCUACCUCUGGGACAUGCACAACCCCCGAGUCAAGCUCAUCUCAUGGCCCCUGUGCUCGCUGCGCCGCUACGGGCGCGAUGCCACCAGGUUCACCUUCGAGGCCGGCCGGAUGUGUGACGCGGGGGAAGGGCUCUACACCUUCCAGACGCAGGAGGGCGAGCAGAUUUACCAGCGGGUGCACAGCGCCACCCUGGCGAUCGCGGAACAGCACAGGCGGGUCCUGCUGGAGAUGGAGAAGAACGUCCGGUUGCUGAACAAGGGCACAGAACACUACUCCUAUCCCUGCACGCCCACCACCAUGCUGCCCCGGAGCGCCUACUGGCACCACAUCACCGGGUCGCAAAACAUCGCCGAGUCCUCCAACUAUGCUGGGGAAGUGUACUCCGGGGCCCAGGCCAGCUCGGACACAGACCUCCUGAACAGGUUCAUCUUACUGAAGCCAAAGCCUGCAAAAAGUGGCAAGAGUGACAACAAAGAAUCCAAGUCUGCUUCUCAGUGACCGUGCUCUGGAGUGGAGAGCCCCGCCCCGGGGCCAGGCCGUGCUGGAGAAAGGGGGCGCGAAGUGCAGGAGAGAUUUGUUUUCCAGCGCUCCCUCCCCUCCUUUCCUGAGAGUGCAGAAGUUCUGGGAAGCCUCCCCGCUCUUCGGAGAAGUUAUCAGCGCUCCUGCCUGCAGGGAAACAGAGCGAGACUGCGUCCUGUGUGCCGGGCAGGAGACUGGAGGUCGAGGGGAUGGCCCCGGGGGCCCUGGCCGUGCCGUUUCACCAGACUGAGCAAGAGGAGCUAAGGAAAGGGAAGACGGCGACUAGCUCGAUGUUGUUAAAUGAUUUUAAACAUAUAUUGCUACUACGUAUUCUAUAUUACGAGAUUUUCCUUCUCACUCGAAUGCAGAUUUCUUAGACAUUGGGACGAGGAGACACCGGAGACCUUUAAUUCUUGGGUGGAUGGAUCUUUCUUUUAUUUCUUCUUUAGGGCGGCGUCACAGGGGAACCGCAGCCACAGUUGGAGUAGACUCCCCCACCCCCCGCUGGGAAGGGACGAUCCCCAGCAAGGCUCACAGCGGAAGGACCGAGUUUUCUCAGGUAGCCGGGGGGUGGAGGUUACUGCUGGCUGCCGGUGGGAACAGUGAAGCGUCACUCGAAGCGGAGCAGCUGAUGUGAACGUUUUGGAGAGUCUGCAGCUAAUCCGGCUUGUUCUGUUGGGACCAGACUGGCCCCCAGGAGUCCCAGUUGCUGGCCAGGCUGAGACUGAAUCCGCUGGAGAGGAGGAACGGGGACUCGCCCGCCUGCGCUCGCUUGGCACCGCUCGGCGCACAGAACACACGCACAGUCCAACUGUUUGACAUCUCAGGAGAAACUGGUUUUCCUUGCGAACUGCAACUUCGGCACAAACGCCCCCAGCUUCCGGAGGGGGCGCCUUCGAUGGGCUGGGGAGCGGGUUUCCGCUGCAUUGGCUCCGUCUCGCCGCGGGGCUGCAGUGAGGAUCACCCCCCAAACCAAGGCCUUCUCUCGAGAGCGAGCCAAAGCACAGCAGUUUACUCAUGAAGGAGAGGGUGUAUAUACGAAGCCGCCCCAUUUUAGCACUGGCUGGCAGGGCUACCCCUCCCACCUGUCUAACACAGCCAUUCCUUACUUUGCUACCCAGCCCCUGCCCAAUCGACCUGUUUGGAAGAGCCGGCCCGGCUGGGAUGUGUUCAGGCUGAGACGUUCCCUUCGUACCUCCCCAGGAGGGCCAAUGGCAAAAGCUGAAAUCCCAUUGAUUGACCAAUCAGAGACACAGUUGGUCAUGUGACUUCCUCCCCACUGCCUCCUCAUAAGGGGGACUGCUUUUAGCCGACGGCGUGGGACCCUUCAGUCCCACGUGGGGCCCCAGGGUUUCAAGGUGGGGUUGCUAUCAAGGCCCAUGUCAAUCUUCCUUCUGGCUCCUCCCUCCCUCGCCAUGAAAGUUGGUUUCACUAUGCCGAAAUCCAAUCAAAGCAAUUGAUUUUCUAGUUCUAUUUACUGAAUACCUUUCAGAAGGGCUAUCUUUUUAUUGUCGUACCCACGCUGGGGUUUCCUCCGCUGGGGUGGGGGGCAGGUACUGUCUCUGGCUGGGGGAGACCCUGCGGCUAUCACCUGUACAUACUUGUGUUCUGGUUGUGCGUGUAGAUGGUGUGUAAGACAGCGAAGGCCUUUCAGGCAGAUCUGCUGGAACAGCCCCUGGCACGCAAGAGCAGCGACUGCCCGAGCUGCCUUGGUGGUGCGAGCCCCACCACAUUUGGGCUGUGUCUACACUCGUGGCUUCUUGUGCGAGAAACAUGCAAAUGAGGCUAAGCGUGGAAUAUCGC